AUGAUAUCAGCUCUGCCUGCAGAGCUCUUACGCUCCAUCGUUCGCUUUGCCACAGAGGCUCCAUCUAUCUUCGAUACAAGCUACAAGGCGGUCUUGGAGGAGAAUCGCUCAUCGACUUUUCGCUCAAUGCGUCGAUCUCUUACCGAUAAACACUCUUUGAGCCUUGUCUCGCGAAGGUUCCAGAGCAUCACUGAAGAAUUUCUUUAUGAGUUCAUCAUCUUACAAUCGUGCGGGAUAGAGGUGGUGCGAUUCCUGGCAGAAAAACUUGCGACCCGCCCGUCGCAAGCAAACGGUCUCCUACCUAUUGGGCAUCGCGUUCGCCGAAUCGACAUUGACAUCGAGCUCAGCGAUGGCGAGGCCGAUGAUUGGUUCUUGGGAUUAUCAAAUUUGUGGGGACUCAUUCCAUCAUGUCCAAAGCUGAUCAUCCUGGUAUCAUCCGUUGUGCUCUGGCAACCACUCACUUUGAAAUCUGAAGUCGAUAAUUUCCUCAGCAUGAAAGUAUUCAAAAUACCCAUUGAAUUAUUGAUGACUAUCGCGGGCACUUGCGCACAGACAUUACGGCGCAUAGAUAUUAUGGGCCAACUUACAGUUUCCAUCGAUCAUCUGACGCAGUUCUGCUCGUCUACCCGUAGCACUCUCGAGGUGUGUCGCUUUGCGAGAGUGCACAAAGACGUCCAUCUGGCACAACCCACCAUUCCU